UUCAUUCCGGGAGGUGCUGGUGGCACAGGUACUGCCCGGUGCUUCUCCUUUCUGUGCAGCAGCUCAGUCUGGAGCCAGAGUGUAGAAGGCCUCAGAAGACCUCAUAUGCUACCAGGCCCUCCCCAUGGCAUCAGAGACAGCCUGCCAUCCCUUGGGGAAGAGACCUUGCAGGAUGCAAGCCUUCAGAAUCUGGGAUGUUAACCAGAAGACCUUCUACCUAAGGAAUAACCAACUGGUUGCCGGAUACUUGCAAGGACCAAGUACUAAAUUAGAAGAAAAGUUAAACGUGGUGCCCAUUGAGUCUCAUGCCAUGUUCCUGGGGAUCCAUGGGGGGAAGCUCUGCCUGGCCUGUGUCAAGUCUGGUGAUGAGACUAGGCUCCAGCUGGAGGCGGUUAACAUCACUGACCUGAGCAAGAACAAGGAGCAAGACAAGCGCUUCGCGUUCAUCCGCUCAGACAGCGGCCCCACCACCAGCUUCGAGUCUGCCGCCUGCCCAGGCUGGUUCCUCUGCACAGCCCUGGAGGCCGACCGGCCCGUCAGCCUCACCAACACGCCCGAGGAGGCCAUGUUGGUCACCAAGUUCUACUUCCAGAUGGAACGUUAGUGUGUCUGUACCUCACUUCCCCCACUCCCAACAUCGAUGACUCCAGAGACACGUCUCCACCCUGCCCGACGUCUCCUGGCUGUUGUGGGGCUCUGAGGAGCAGCCUCGGUGGGGCGGACCCUCAGAAGGAUAUGCAAGAGCCCUGCUAACAGGACUCCAGCAGCAGCCUCCUCAGCUAACCAACCUCCAUGCUGCCUCCACAGCGGUCUUUCUAAAGUGCAGCUUGAGCCACAGCACUGCUCCAAGCCUUUCAGUGCUGCCUGUGGCUUCCGGACAAAAGCCAGGCGCCUUGGCCAGCCUGGCCCUCUGCUCUCCUCUCGCCGACUCCUCACCCUCCUGCCUUGCCCCAGUGUCCGUGUCCCGGAUCCCUCCUGUCACUCGCUGGCCUGCCCAACCUUGUUUUGCAAGCUGUCUCGUGGGGAAAGCUUUUAGAGUCUGUGGCAAGACGGAAGAUAAGGAUUUCAUCUUUUUUUUUUUUCAAAGCCAGUUGCAUCCAAUUUGAAGGAGAGUCCUUUAUUUGGAGACUGUCCUUUCUGGAAAGGAGCAGGGGAGGGUGAAAGCAACUCUCCUUUUUCAUUUACCUGUCUUGCUUUUGUAACAACUCAACCUAAAAAAAUGAGAAGUCAGCGUAUUUUGUUGGUCCCCGCAAUUUUUCUUUCUGUAACAUUCCUGAAGUCUGGACUCCACUGACCAGGCCCCAGUACCAUCUGUACUCCAGACCUUUUACAGCUGUGGGCAGUGCUUUCCUCCCCCAUCCGUCCCGUCAAAAGCUCCCAACCCCCAGGGCACAGCACAGAAGCAGCCCCCCUGGUGUUCUCUCCACGUCUCCUGGGAGGGAGGAAUUGCUCUUGGACCAUUUUAGCACUUCUGACGUUCUGAGACUUGUUUGAAGAUGGUUGAGCCUCUGUCUGUCUCCUGCACCAGACUGUGAGCUCCUGAGAGCAGGGAGCAUGGCUUGUGUGUUUCAGGUCCCCGCGGGGGCCGAACACAUGACCUGGCCCUUAGCAGGUGCUCAGUGAAUGUGUGUUGUGUAUGUUAAGUGGAAAGUUUUCUACUCCCUGUGACUUAUGCUCUGUUUUACAAUAAAAUUUUGAAAAUUCA